AUGGGCGAAACCAUCAACAAGCCCUUCAAAUUUGACGUCGACUGCAACUGGGACUGCGAAGUAGACAACCCUCAAUACGAUGCUACAAAGCUUGAAAGCGAUGAAGAGAAAAAAUUAUGGAUUUGUCCUUCGUCAAGCGAGUGUUAUUCAGCAUCGCUUUACUUCGUGAUGACUUCGCUUACCUCGGUUGGCUUCGGCAACGUCGCGGCAAACACCGCAGCGGAGCAGAUCUUCUGCGUCUGCAUGCUGAUUUUCGGCGCUUUGCUGUACGCGACCAUCUUCGGAAAUGUGACGACCAUCAUUCAGCAAAUCUACGCGGACACAAAUCGAUAUCACGACAUGCUUUCUUCUGUCAGAGAAUUCAUGCGACUUUAUCAGAUACCGCACGGUCUGCGAGAACGAAUAAUGGAUUACAUUGUCUCAACAUGGACGCUGACGAAGGGGAUUGAUACUCAGAAAGUGUUGUCUUUUUGCCCAAAAGACUUACGGACCGGAUCUCCAAUUACUAAAACGCUUGCGUGUCAUUUAGCGGACAUUUGCGUCCAUCUGAACAGAAGGGUCUUCAACGAUCAUGAUGCUUUUCGAUAUGCUACAGAUUCGUGUCUCCGCGCGCUCGCGCUAGAAUUUACCACUUGCCACAUGUCACCGGGCGAUAUUGUCUACCACAAAGGGGAAUCUGUCGACGAGUUGAAUUUUAUCAUUUCCGGCUCUCUGGAAAUUAUUCAAGACGACGAAGUGGUGGGAAUCCUCUCCAACGGCGACGUCUUUGGCGACGACAUUUGGCUCAAGUCCGAUUUGAACUUGAUUUCAAAGUCGGCUGUCUACGUCAGAGCUUUGACCUACACAGAUUUGCACGUGAUCAAGUUUCGGGCUCGUCAAAACCCUUUCUUUUUGUUGAUAAAGUGA